UUACCUUUUGAUCCAUUUUUGUGUUGUUGUUGUUGUUGUUAUAUUUUUGUCUUAUUUAGAUCGGUUUAUAUACCCCCUUUUCCCACAAAAGAAAAAAAAUGAAAACUUUUUGCUUUUGGGGGUUUUAGGAGUUAAUUUUCUCUGUUGGGGGUUCUUGUUUCUGCACUGUUUAGGGUGUUCUAUUGUAUUCUUGAAUUUUAGAUUACCUUUUUUGUCUUGUUUUGGUGGUUACGAGGAGAGGUAGAGGUAGGUUGAAGAAGUACUGGGGAGGGGUAUGAAGGUGAGGAUUAGGGUAGAAUGUUAAUAGGUAGUUGAGCUGUGACUCACUUUUUGAUGGGCUAAGGCUUGAUGGGAGCCUGGGAGCACCAUGUCUGUCGUAGUAUUAGCCUUAUACAUGUAUUUUCUUUUCCGUUACUGCAUUAUUUCACUGUUGUUAUUGUUUCUUUUCUUUGAAUGCUCCAUAUUGAUUUUAUUAAUUGACAUGUUUUCUUUACUGUUGUAUUCCCUUUCCCAUAAAUACUUUGAUUUGCUGCACUUGAGACGAGGGUCUUCUGAAAACGGUCUCUCUACCUCCACGAGGUAGGGUUAAGGUGUGCAUACACUUUAAUCCCACAAGUGGGGUAUUACAUUGGGCUCUUCUGUUAAAUAUUUAGGGUUAGGGGAACCAAUUUUAUGGAAUUUGAAUGCCAAAGAGGUACUAAGAUUGGUUUGGAAGAUUGUUCUAUAGAUUGUGUAGACUACCCCUGCAGAGGAAAAGCUGAUCCUAGUUUUAUAGAACCUUCAAAGAACCCAAAGAGUUUCAUAUUUGACUCAGAGAAGCAAAAAUCAUUGUGGAGAUUGAAUGGCAAAGGGGACAGUUUGAUUUUGAAAUGCGAGGAGUCGGUCGCUGUUAAUGAGGUCCUGCCUGAUUGUCGGUCUAUUACUGACCUUCCUCCAGCAUUGAUCUCAGAAAUACUUAAUUGCUUAGAACCGAAGGAGCUUGGUGUUGUUUCGUGUGUGAAUGCAUCAUUGUAUCGCCUUGCUUCGGAGCACCAUGUGUGGAAGGAGUUCUAUUGUGAAAGGUGGGGGCAGCCAAUAUUGUUGGCACCUUUUGGCUCAGAGCAUGCAGAUGAGAAGUCGUGGAAGGAGCUUUUCGUGGAGAGGGAGUUCCGUAGUAAAACAUUCAUGGGACGCUAUAGUAUUGAUACUUUGUAUGGUCAUACUGAGGCUGUUAGAACUGUUUCCGUUUUAUCUUCAAAGAAACUUCUGUUUACUUCAGGGUAUGAUCAGAUAGUGCGAAUGUGGGACAUGGAAGAAGGUUUAUCUAUUGCAUCAUCUCGCCCUCUUGGCUGCACUAUUCGGGCAGUUGCGGCUGAUUCGAGGCUCUUAAUAGCAGGGGGUACAGAUGGAUUCAUACAUGGUUGGAGAGCAGAGGAUGGAAAUCCACAUCUAUUUGAUCUUACAUCACCUCAGAACCAGAACAUGGAAUUCAGAGUUUGGGAACAUGAAGGACCAAUAACAUGUCUUGCAUUGGAUUUGAAUAAGAUGUACAGUGGUUCUUGGGACAUGACUAUUCGUGUUUGGGAUCGAUCUUCCUUUGAAUGUCUGAAAGUUCUAAUGCACAAUGACUGGGUUUGGAGCCUUGCUCCCCAUGAUACAACAGUGGCGAGCGCUGCAGGCUCAGAUCUUUAUGUCUGGGACACCAAUAUUGGGUCAAAACUUGCUAUUGUCACCAAUGUUCAUGCUGGUAAUGCUUUUUCCUUGGCGCGAAGUCACACAGGGAAGCUCCUAUUUACUGGAGGGGAAGAUGGAGCUAUACACAUGUUCGAGUUAAGUAGAAAUGUUAAGUUUCAUCUCAGGCGUGUGGCGACAUGGAUUCCUCACUCGGGUGCUGUUUAUUCUCUUGCAUUUGAGUUCCCUUGGCUUGUUUCAGUUUCCAGUGAUGGAAAACUCUCACUUAUUGAUGUGAGAAAGCUGUUGAGGACGAAGCGGAGUUAUGUGAUGGAGAAGCCUUCGAAGGUUGACAAUAGGGCUAGAAAUGUAGAGCCACCUCAAAGAAUGUUACAUGGAUUUGGGAGCAAUCUGUUUGCUGUGGAUGUUGGUCUUGAUCGUAUUAUAUGUGCUGGAGAAGAAGGCGUUGUUAGAAUCUGGAACUUCUCAGAAGCUUUGGAGGUUGAGCAGAGAGUUCGAGCAUUAAGAGGACUAAGGUUAGAGAACCGAAUGAGGAGGCGUAAACUUCAGUCUGAAAUGACUGGUAAAGGUAGUCGCGCUGAUCAGUGCUCCGUUGCUGCUAAGAAGAAUCAAUUGAAUGGUGAUAGGAACAGCUGGCGCAACAGGCGUAGGGUGACUGGGAAGCUGAAGGCCUAGAAAUUAUUGCAGUUUGUCAAUAUCUCCUAAAUAUGCUUUGCUCAUAAGCUAAUCAUAUGCAAAAGGCAUAUCAUAAUGUCUAAGUAGCUUCUGUAGUUUUACCUGUUUCUCAUUUACAUUGGAAUUCAAAUUGAAGGAACAACCUGUUCCCUCUGACAACCCUUUCCUUAUUUGGUUGAUUUCUUGGUGUCUUAUGUCACUGACAAGGGCUUACUGGUGUUAAUUCUUGAUACAUUCAGAAUGCAAAAAUGUUUCUUUUCUGAUA